GCGGGCAGCGGCGCGGAGCCGGGCGGGCGCCCCUUCCCCGCCGGCGGGCAUCGGCCUGCCCUGAGCUGCUUCUCGGAGGGGAGCCGGCAGCGGGACCGCCGCCAUGGGGUCUGGAGGCGGGCUGGGGCUGGCGGCGGUGCUGGCGGCCGCCGUGCUGUGCGGGCCCGGGGGUCUCGCCGGGCGCGUCCUCAGCGGUCAAAAGGUGUGCUAUGGUGACUUCAAGCAUUCUUGUUACAAGUUAGCUUAUUUCCAGGACUUGUCUAGACGUGUGGGCUUUCAGGAGGCCCGUCAAGCUUGUGAAAUUGAUGGUGGGGCUUUACUGAGCUUGGAAAGUGAAGCCGAGCAGCAGCUAAUAGAAAACAUGUUACAAAACCUCACUAAAUCAGGCUCUGGGAUUUCUGAUGGUGAUUUCUGGAUUGGGUUGUGGAGAAGUGGUGACGGACUAGCCACCUCAAGUGCUUGCCCUGAUCUCUACCAGUGGGCUGAUGGAAGUAUUUCACCAUUCAGAAAUUGGUAUACAGAUGAGCCUUCCUGUGGAAGUGAAGCCUGUGUUGUGAUGUAUCAUCAGCCAACUGCAAACCCUGGUCUGGGAGGGCCAUACCUUUAUCAAUGGAAUGAUGAUAGAUGCAACAUGAAGCACAAUUUUAUCUGCAAGUAUGGCCCAGAUAAUGUCUUAGAAAAAGAAUUAGGAGACAGAGCAGAGCCAGAUUACGAUAUUUUUCCAACAGUGCCAACAGGAAAUCCUUAUGACACAAGCAAACCAGAAGAUCAGUAUCAUGUUAUUGCUACUGAAACAGGUAUAAUUCCGAAUCUAAUUUAUGUCGUAAUACCCACUAUACCACUACUGCUGCUGAUACUGGUGGCUUUUGGGACUUGCUGUUUCCAGAUGCUUCAUAAAAGUAAAGGAAGAACAAAAACCAGUCCAAACCAGUCCACACUGUGGAUUUCAAAGACGCCUAGGAAGGACAGUAGCAUGGAGGUGUCUUCUACAGCACUUGUUUUUAUUACAGAUGUUAUGGAAGCAAAACCUAGAAAAUAUUUAAAUAUGUAUCACUUCUUUGAAUGGUACAAAUUACACCAUCUACAGGAUAUCCAAUAUUGCCUAAUCAAUGCACAUAAAUCAGGAUGCAUUCCACUGAUGCACAGUAAAACUUGAUCAAUCUGUGACAAUAUACAGGAGGAACAGGCAACACUGAGUUUACCUUUAUGAGGUAUGAUGUCAUCCUUUAUACCACUGGCAGAGAUUCAACUAAUUAAUGGAGGCCCACAUUAAUUACGGGUUAAGUGCAAAUGCUCAGUAUUAAUACCAUAUAUUUAAAGUGCAAUUCUUCAUUGUUCAGAAAAUGCUGCUUGGUUUCCAUGAUUCUCUGCUUUAAAGUAAAAACUGAGGGUUUACUAGAAGGUAAUGGAGCCUUUAGCUGAGCCCACACGUGAUUCAAAACACAGUAAUUAAACUGUGAGCUAGUUGUUAAAUUUUUCUAUUAGUGUCACAAAUUAUUCAUAAUCUGAUGCCUUCUUAGUGAACCUGCACAUAAAACAAGGGUUUCAUCAUCAUUAAAAUAAAAAAGAAAAGGCAUGGCAUGAAUGUCAUAUGGCCAUCUCAGCUAGUUGGAAAGAUGCCCCGGAGUCAUUGGAGAGAAAGGGGCACUUGUGAAUUUAUAUUAAUUUCAUUCCAAAGUAAACAUCUAGAAACCCUCUAAAAAGUGCCACUCCCCAGUGAUUUCAGUAUGAUCCUUUGAAAGUGUGUUUUGCUCUAUACAGGAUUGAUUGAUGGUUCAGGUCAUACUUCAGCCCAGCUUUACUGACAACUAUCCACCAUUUGGAUACUUGCAUGUUGUGGGACUAUCAGAAUGUGUUAGCUUCUGAGUGCAAUGAAUAUUACCCAUAUACACAGUGUGCCGCUGUCACCAGCCAUUCAUCACUGACA